AUGGAGGAAGGGGAGCAGCAGCGAGCAGGGGGCGGCUGGGCCGAGUGGGGACCCGGCCCGGGGGGAUCCCCGCCGUGGGUUCCCCCCCCGCCGCCCGACGGGGACGAGGAGCCCAAGCGGGGCCGCGGCGCGGAGUGGGGCGGACCGGAGCCUCCCGGGGAUGCGGGGCCCCCCCGGCCGGCGGCCGCGCCCCCCAAAGCGGCGGGGGACGAGAAGGCCGCGAGCGCCCCGCGCCCCCCCCGGACCGGGGGCGAGCCGCGGGGUAAGGGCGGGGGGGGACCCGGCAAGGGGCCCGGGGGGCGGCCCCCGGGCGAGGAGCGCAGCCCCCGGAAGCCCCCCGAAGAGCGCGGGGCCCGCGGCGGGGAUCGGCCCGGCCCCGAGGACAAGGCCCGGCGGCCCCUCGGGGGUCCCCGCGGCGGGGCCGCCCCGGAGCAGCGCGGGGAGUGGGGGUCGCCGUGGCUGCCGGCGGAGUCGGAGCCCCCCGAGGACUUUCUGCCCCCCCCCGAGUGCCCCGUACCCCUGCCUUGCCCCCCCCAGGACUGGCAGCCCCCCUUUGCCGUCGAGGUUGACAACUUCAGGUUCACCCCCCGCAUCCAGCGGCUCAAUGAGCUGGAGGCGCAGACCCGGGUGAAGCUGAAUUACCUGGACCAGAUCGCCAAAUUUUGGGAGAUCCAGGGCUCCUCCCUCAAGAUUCCCAACGUGGAGCGACGCAUCCUCGACCUCUACAGCCUCAGCAAGGUGGUGAUGGAGGAGGGUGGCUACGAGGCCAUCUGCAAGGACCGGCGGUGGGCGCGGGUGGCCCAGCGCCUCUCGUACCCGUCGGGCAAGAACAUCGGCUCGCUGCUGCGGGCGCACUACGAGCGCAUCAUCUACCCCUACGAGAUGUACCAGUCCGGGGCCAACCUGGUGCCCGAGCCCACGGAGGAGGACAUUGAGAAGAACCCCGAGCUGAAGAAACUGCAGAUUUACGGAGCCGGGCCCAAAAUGUUGGGUUUGGGGCUGGUGGCCAAGGAUAAGACCCUGCGGAAAAAAGACAAGGACGGCCCUGAGUGUCCCCCCACGGUGGUGGUGAAGGAGGAGCCCCCCGCAGGGGAGCCCCGGGGGUCACCGGUGUCACCUGGGGCUCGGGACGGCCGCGAGGAGCUGCGCCACAGCCCUGAGCCCUGCACCAAAAUGACCAUGAGGCUGCGCCGAAGCCACAGCAACAGCCAGUUCGUGGAUUCCUACAUCUGCCGGAUCUGCUCGAGGGGUGACGAGGAUGACAAGCUGCUGCUGUGCGAUGGCUGUGAUGACAAUUAUCACAUCUUCUGCCUGCUGCCCCCCCUGCCCGAGAUCCCCAAGGGCAUCUGGCGCUGCCCCAAAUGCGUCAUGGCGGAGUGCAAGCGGCCCCCGGAGGCGUUUGGCUUUGAGCAGGCUACGAGGGAGUACACGCUGCAGAGCUUCGGGGAGAUGGCCGACGCCUUCAAGGCCGACUACUUCAACAUGCCUGUCCAUGUGGUCCGGACCAACCAAUGCGCCGGCGAGUUCGUCAUCACCUUCCCCCGCGCCUACCACAGCGGCUUCAACCAGGGCUACAACUUCGCCGAGGCCGUCAACUUCUGCACCGCCGACUGGCUGCCCGCGGGCAGGCAGUGCAUUGAGCACUACCGGCGCCUUCGCCGCUACUGCGUGUUCUCGCACGAGGAGCUCAUCUGCAAGAUGGCAGCGAGCCCCGAGAAGCUGGACCUGAACCUGGCAGCUGCUGUGCACAAGGAGAUGUUCGUGCUCGUGCAGGAGGAGCGCAAGCUGCGCAAGUGUUCUGGUGCUGUCACACGCUGUCCCAUGGCUGUCACACGCUGUCCCAUGGCUGUCACACGCUGUCCUAUGGCUGUCACACACAGUCCCAGGGCUGUCGCACACUGUCCCAUGGCUGUCACACACUGUCCCAUGGCUGUCCUGCCCUGUCACACCUGCCCUGACCCCGUGCCCCCCAUGCAGGCGCUGCUGGAGCGGGUCGAAGCGUUCCAGGCGGAGGCACGGGCAGCACUGGAUGUUCCCCCCCCAGCCCCGGGGGCUCUGCAGGAGCUGCUGGAGCGGGGGGCCCGGCUGGGCGUCGAGGUGCCCGAGGGCCGGCGGCUGGAGCGGCAGCUGGCCCAGGCCGCGUGGCUGGAGGAGGUGACGGCCACCCUGCGCUCGCCCCGUGCCCGCGUGCCCCUGCCCGUCAUGCGUGGCCUCAUCCAGGCCGGCCGCACCGUGGCACCCAGCCCCGCCGUGGACGUGGCCAUGGCCGAGCUGCAGGAGCUGCUGACCAUCGCCCAGCGCUGGGAGGAGAAGGCCCAGAUGUGCCUCGAGGCCAGGCAGAAGCACCCCCCGGCCACGCUGGCUGCCAUCAUCAAGGAGGCCGAGAACAUCCCAGCGCUGCUGCCCAACAUCCAGGCCCUGAAGGAGGCCCUGGCCAAGGCCCGCGCCUGGAUCGCUGACGUCGAGGAGAUCCAGAACGGUGACCACUACCCGUGUCUGGAUGACCUGGAGGGGCUGGUGGCGGUGGGCAGGGACCUGCCGGUGCGGCUGGAGGAGCUGCGGCAGCUCGAGGUGCAGGUCGGCACCGCGCACUCCUGGCGGGACAAGGCCUCCCGCACCUUCCUCAAGAAGAACUCCUGCUACACCCUGCUCGAGGUGCUGUGUCCCUGCGCUGACGCCGGCUCAGACAGCAGCAAGAGGCUCAAGUGGCGGCAGGAGCCGGGGCUGUACCGGCUGGAUGCCGAGAGCUUGGGACUGUCGGCGCAGGACCUGCGGGACCCCGGUGCUGUGGUGAGGAGGGGGACGUGGGGGGCACUCUGGGACCCCCAUCAUGUCCCCACAGAGCUGGAGGCACUGAGUGCGGCGCUGCCGCGGCUCCAAGGCCCGGUGCUGGAGCUGGCCGAGGGCACGCGGCGGCCGCUGGAGGAGCUGAUGAUGGAGGGGGACCUGCUGGAGGUGACGCUGGACGAGGCCCAGAGCAUCUGGCGGCUGCUGCAGGCCACGCGCCCACCCCCGCUGGCCCUGUUCCGCCUGCUGCUCGAGCUGGAGCAGGCAGAGAGGCGGGGGGCUCGUGCCCGCGGCCGGGACCCCGAGAGGCGCCGGAAGCGCCGAGCGGAGCGGGGAGACCUUCCCCCCCUCGCCAAGGAGGAGCUGGAGCCAAAGAGGAGUCGGGGGCCCGAGGGCGGGGGGGACCCCCGGGACAGCCCCAC